AUGAACGCUUCUUCUCUUGCCAAUCGGAGUUUAAAGUGCGCAGGAAGUGUCCGGAUGAUUUUACCUAGAAAUUUUCGCUCGCACUUACCAGGCACUGCACAAUUGUCGAAACUGACCAGCGUUUCUCGCAUUCGUGAAAUGAGCUCUUCUUCUGCUACUUAUUCAGCUCCUAAACCUUUGGAUGCUUCCAAUGUCAUCUUCAAGAAGGCUGACCAACUCAAGCCUGUGCCCGACUGGAACACCUUGAAGUUUGGCAAGGAAUUCACCGACCACAUGAUGAUUAUGAAGUGGAACAAGCAAACCGGUUGGGGUACACCAGAAAUUGUUCCUAUGCAAAAUCUUAGCUUCCAUCCCGCCACCACUGUCUUCCAUUACGGUUUCGAAUGUUUUGAGGGAUUGAAGGCUUACAAGGAUGAGAAGGGUGUUCCCCGACUUUUCCGCCCCAACAAGAAUGCUGAGCGCAUGUUGUCCACAGGCACUAGAAUCUCCCUUCCCGAUUUCGAUCCCAAGGAAUGGAGCGAAGCUAUCCGCAAGUUCGUUGCUACCGAGAGUCGCUGGGUACCCGAUAAGCGUGGCUUCUCCCUUUACCUUCGUCCCACCUUUAUUGGUACCGAUGCUGCCCUUGGUGUUCACCAUUGUGAAAAUGCUAUGAUUUAUGUCAUUGCUUCUCCCGUCGGUCCCUACUACAGCUCCGGAUUCAAGGCCAUCCGUCUUUGUUGCUCCGAAGGAGCUGUUCGUGCUUGGCCCGGUGGUACUGGACAGUACAAGCUUGGUGGUAACUAUGCUCCUAGCGUUUUGCCCGCUGCUGAAGCUGCCGAGAAGGGUUUCGCCCAAAUUCUCUGGUUGUACGGUGAGGAGGACUAUGUCACCGAAGUCGGUACUAUGAACUGCUUCACUGUCUGGAUCAACAAGAAUGGUGAAAAGGAAAUUAUCACCGCUCCUCUCGACGGUAUGAUUUUGCCUGGUGUCACUCGUGAUUCCAUUCUCGAUAUCGCUCGUGAGCGCCUUGUUCCCCAGGGCUGGAAGGUUACUGAAGGCAAGUAUUCCAUGAAGGAGGUUGCUGAAGCUUCCAAGGAAGGUCGUCUUUUGGAAGUCUUCGGUGCUGGUACCGCCGCUUUGGUUUCUCCCGUCAAGGCUAUCAAUUACAAGGGUGCCGAAAUCAACGUCCCUUUGCCUGAAGGCCAAGAAGCCGGCCCCAUCACCUCCCAAAUUAGCAACUGGAUCCUCGAUAUCCAAUAUGGUAAGGAUCCUAACCACCCAUGGAGUGUUCCUGUCACGAACUAA